CAAAACCAAGAUGGCGCAGCCCACAGACUAACUUCGUUCGGUCGAGGUCGUCGAAGACCUCGAACGUUAUGAAGGCUCAAAAGUAACCAUGUUCGCGGGGAGACCGAUUCUUUGUUUUCCCACGAAACUAUCGAGACUUAUAAUCGCACUGAACAAACUGUCGUCGGCCAAUCACAGAUGCAGCGGAAGCACGCACAAUUCCCGAAGGACGCUAUGUCGCAGCAGCCGUUUGUUAAACGAGGAGCGCAACGAGUGGAAGGACCCAGAGUCAGAGGACCAAGUAGUAAAUAUCACAUACAUUAAAAAGGACGGUACCAGGGUUCCAGUACGUGGAAAAAUAGGCGACAACCUUCUGUACUUGGCCCAUCGGUACGGCGUCGAGAUGGAAGGUGCCUGUGAAGCAUCUCUUGCGUGCACAACAUGUCACGUUUACGUGAAGGACGACUACCUGGACAAGCUACCCGAAGCCGAUGAGAAAGAAGAGGACCUUUUGGAUCUGGCACCCUUCCUUAAGGAGAACUCGAGACUAGGUUGCCAGAUCAUUCUUACCAAGGACAUGGAAGGCCUGGAAGUGACCCUUCCCCUGGCAACGCGCAACUUCUACGUAGACGGCCAUGUUCCCCAGCCGCACUGAACAAACGGCCUCAAUUCGCACACGCAAUGAGGCCAGUUUUCGGUGGUGAUGUACAGAGCAGCGAUAAAAGAUUUAUUAACAGCGGA